AUGGAGGCCAUUGCUUUGGUCCGACUGGACUGGGUGGCCCGUGCCCGUGGCUUCCUGGCCGACGAGCAGACCGGGUUCCGGCGGCGCCGGUGCACCGCGGACUCCAUCGCGGAUGUGGUCUCCACGCUGGAAGAGGCCAAGGCCUGCGGUGACGCCGUGCUCCUGGUGCUUAUCGAUAUCAAGGGGGCCUUCGAUGGCCUGCCCCACCCAGUCGUUCAACAGGCCCUGGACCUACUUGGCAUCAACGGGAAUCUGCGGCGGUUCAUCUCGUCGUUCCUGGAGGAACGCACCCUCAGGGUACGAGUGGGCCGAUCGAGGAGCUCCCCUCGGCCGGUGGCAGCGGGCGUCCCACAAGGGUCAGUGGUGAGCCCCUUCCUGUUCAACCUGGCCCUGGCUCGGCUUCCUGCUGCCCUGCCGAUCGACCCAGACUAUCCGGUGAGCGCCUCCAUCUACGCGGACGACAUCGCCCUGUGGGUGCGAAGCUCACCACACAACCACCGCAGCGCACGCUCGGCCCUGCAAAGAGCUCUCGACGCCGCCGCUGCUUACCUGAGCAGCAUUGGCCUUGCCAUCUCGGCAAGGAAGACGGAGGCCAUGCUGCUCCACCCAAGAGCAGCCGCCCGCCGCACACCACCCCGGCUGCACCUGGAAGGCGUCCAGCUGCCCUGGAGCAUUGCAGUGACGUACCUGGGGCUGCGCAUUGAUCACCGACUGUCCUGGCUGCCUGCUGUCAAGAUCCUGCAUGUGCAGGCGCUCCGGGUCCGCAAGGCAGUCUCCCAGCUUCUUGCCCGAGGACAGGGCUGUACCACUGGGUGGGCACUGCGGCUGUACGAUGCAGCAGCUACCUCACGCCUGCGGUACGCCCUCCCACUCGUGGCACUACCACCUGCCCGUCUCAAGAAGCUGGAGCUGCAGCAUCGGGCCGCGAUUAGCAGGGGCUACGCCAUGUUGACCGGCUUCCACCAUGGACCAGACGGCAGUGCCCUGCUCUCCCGACUGCGCUCGCGGCCCCAUUCACAGAUGGGCAGAUUCUGUGGGCUGUACGAGGAGGUGAUCGGGAGGCCUCCAGCGAACAACGCACAGCUGCCUCCUCCGCAGAGACCACCCAUACCCAUCACCACAGAGCUGCCUGGCGUUUCCAAACGGCGCUCCCCGACUUGUGCCCUUCAACAGACGGCUGCCUCCCUCCUGCAUGAGGACCACGGAGGAAACCUGCAGAUCUACGUUGACGGCUCGGUGAUGCCAGACACAGGCUCGUCGACUGCGGCCUGCGUGGUGCCCGCUUUGCGGAAGAGCAAGCAGUGGCGCCUCCCCGACCAUGCGACGUCAACAGCGGCAGAGGUAGCAGGCCUUCACCUGGCUGUGGACUUACUCGCAGAGGAGCUGCCGGUGACCCCAGUGACCAUCUACUGCGACUCCAAGGCGGCACUUCUCAGCCUGCAGAGGCCAGAAAGGGCCAGCCUCGGGGUUUCCCUGCUCUCGACAAGGCUGAUGGCGCUCCAGGAGGCGGGCUGCUCAGUGUCCCUGCACUGGCUUCCAGCCCACCUAGGAAUACCGGGCAACGAGGAAGCAGAUGCACUGGCAAAGCGUACCCACCACUGCGUGGUCCCGCCCAGCCUGGCUGUGUCAGCCAAUGAUUUCACAAGCCACAGGCUUCGGCGCCAUCUGCUGGCCUGCCAUCCGGACAAGCGGACGUCCUUGGGCCGCCCUCCGCGACCACUUCCACAGCGCGGCCUCGCACACAGGGAGACCUCCCUCCUUCUGCGACUGAGGAUUGGCUGCUGUUGGGCGGGUGCUCGCCGCCACCGUCAUGGCCUCAUCGCCUCUCCAGCCUGUGCCUCCUGUGGGGAGCCCGAGACCCUGGAGCACCUCCUGAGUUCCGACGCCUGGGGCUUCCUUCUGCACGGCAGCAAGACAUCCUCUUCCCUGGUCGUAGCGAGCUACCAGCCCUCCUAA